GGCCGGCAUUCUUCGUUUCUUUGAAGAACGCUUCAUGAUUGUCCUUCAUUCUCUUUUCUUUUGUUACAUACAAACCUCGAUUGUCGUUGCGAUUUUGCAAUAUCGUGAAAUUCCAACCUAAAUGCUACACAUAUUGUAAUUGUCUAAUCAUCUUCAUCAUUAUGUCGUUCCUACGAAAUCGAACCAAUUUCAAGAAUCUUGAUGAUGUGGACGACGAGGACAGACUUCCUGGCGAGGCCGACAAAAAUGUUUUAUUUCAAACAACAGGAGCAACCCUCCGGAAUGCACCGCGACUAGUUGGCAGUCAAAUAGUGAACCGAAAAUUAAUCCAAGAACGGAGAAAUAAAGCCCGAGAUGCAUUGUUGGCGGUGCGAGAGGAGGGUGAUAAAUCGAAAGGACUUACACUGCUCAAUGACCUAACCAGCAAUCCAGUUACAGACAUGGUUCCUGCAAGUGCAGCAUCUCAAGCAGUGAACAAGUCUAAGGUUCUUCCUCCGGUAGCAAAAGAGGCAUUGGCCGAAGUUGACAGCCCAAGUGCGAAGAAUCAAAUGCCGUCCAGAGUAUCAAGAUGGUUUGGGAGAGCUCAGUCACGACCUACUACCGUGGCCGACUUCAGACACUUCAUGCCUCUUCAACUUGAGCAUCCUCCACAUCCGCAAGGAGAUCGCAGUAAUGCCUGGUUUAAGGAUGAGUAUGCAAAUUUGUAUAUAGCGAUAGUUAAUUUUGCUACAGUAUUUUUUGGGUUUCAAGAAUUACAGUCAGAGUUUCACGAACCCUGGGCUAUUAGGAUGCCGGAGGAGUUCUACAGAUAUGUGGAACUUGUUGCUGAGCCAGAUACUGUAGUUGGGGGAUGGGAUGAGAUAUUGAUCGAUACGAGUACAAGAAAAUACCUCAUUGUCGGUAUUAUUGUAAAGAUAUUAGAGGCCAGGGUUUUUGCGUCGGUUCUAUGGGGAAAUACCAAAGAGGGGGAAGAAUUUCUUCAUGGUUUGGAUCGUGCACUUCUCGAUAGUGAAGGCUACAGCCGUCAGGAACUUCGCUGCAAAUCUAUUCGCACUCUCAUGGGCGGAGCAUCUCUAACCCCCAAUUUCCACAAAGAUUGCACAAAUCUGACCGCCCAAGUGUUACUCCUGCUCAUGCCUCUCUUUAACUACCUCACGCUUCUUCCUGCUCGUCCUGAAACCGUCGUCCCCAAAGCUACAGCCCUUUACCAAUCCCUCCACAACAUACUAUCCAGCGCCGCUUACCUAUCCAUCUGCAUCCGCAUCUCGCCAACCAUCAUGCACACCGUCUCUCUCAUCCCCGGCACUGCUUACAAGCCCGAAGAACACACCUCCAUUUUCCAAAACUCCUGGACCUUAUCCAAGACUAUCGUUCAAAACAACUGGCAACGAGAUGGUGAAGAAUUGGAAGCCGAACGCGCAAGAGCCGAAGGCUAUGUACUCGGCUACAAAAAUGCUGGCGUUGGACGCAUUGAAUCAAAUGCCGGCUUACGUGCUCUUCGUCGCUUACAAGAUGUGCAGAAGAAAUUGGCAGAUCAUAAACCUCCCGGUUACACGCACCAGGCAAGUGUGAAAAUUGCAAUAUGGCCCAUUACGAAGAGAUACUGGGCGGGAAAUUCAAAGCCGGGUGGUGAUAUGGAUGGACAGAGUGUAUUUGACGUUACGACUGCGGGAGCGAUAUUUUAUUACAAAGAAAAAGAUAGACCCGUCGAACCGCUUCUUGAAUUCGUAGCGCAGAAAAAAAAGAAAUUGGGUAGGAGAUAUAGAAGAGCUAAAGAUCUUUUGGCAGUUUUGGGCUUGUUAUCUCUAGGCGCCCUUGCGGUUCUCUUGUAUGUGUUUGGGGGGGCAGCAUUGGUAGCUUGGCUUACAAGUUUCGUCGUUGCGAUCACGGAGUUUUUGAAAGAGUCAAUGGCGAGGGGAAGGGAAACGGCUUCUAGUGCUUACCAAUAUACUGUAAGAGAGGGCUUUGAAAAGGGUGCUUCGAAGGCUGAGGGUUUCGCUGGUGAUACAUAUAGUAAAUUGACGGCAAAAGCUAAAGACGGUAUGAAAGGUGGCUACGAUGCAUAUGCUUCCGGGAAAUCGCAGGCGGAAGAUGCCAUUGGGGAUGCGGCUUCAAAGGCUAAAAGCGCAGCGGGAGUAUACGCGCAAGUGACGGAGAAAGUGAGAGAUGCGACCGAAAGUGCCGGAGAAAAAAUUACAUCAAAGGCGAAAAGCAAAGCUAGGAUUGUUAGCGAGAGGGUAACGUCGAAGGCUGCGACAUGAGUCUAAGGAAUACCUUCGGCAGCGGGAGCGACGCGUCAAGCGCCAGAGAAGAAUCCUAAGUUAAAGGAAGAAGCGUCUACGAGAGAGGGAAUGAGGAAUUUGUAACGAUACGAUACGAUACGAUGGAUUUGGAUUUCUUUUCUGUUGUUUUGAUUUUUUCGCUAUCGGUAGUUGGUCAGUUAGUUAGUUGAUUUAUCGAGUAACUUAUGUGUUUUGGAUUGAAAUGUUUUGUUUGUAGUUUCUGGAUAUAGAUGGUGAUUGUGUUACUUGGGCGGGUAUGAAUACGUUGGUUCUGUAUCUGGAUA